AUGGCGCUGGCCACGAUUGCUGCCAGGGUGCACCACCUGGUCAUGUUGCAGCUGAUGCCCACCACUGCGGUGCCAUACUCCCCGCAGGCGGUCUCUUCGUUGCUGGAGUACGCCAGCGAGGGUGGGGAGCAGGCCGCUGGCAGGGGUGGUGUGACAAGCACUUACGACAUCGAGGACAAGUCGUAUUGGGCCGCCAUUGGUAUGAAGAACAAGGUGGGCGUCACCCGGUACCAAAACCACGAGUUCCAGAGGGUCCAGAGCACGGACGGCACCUUCUUCUGGAGCGACGCCGCCAACCACAACGGGAGCAGCUUCCGAGGCGCGCGGGACCUCGGCUCCAGCGUGGCCUGGGGCUGGCACCACCCGGCCGGCGUCUACAGCACCAUCCCCGUCGGCAGCCCCCUCCUCGACGACCAGCUGAACGUCUACAUCGGGGCCGACGACGCCAUCCGCAAGUUCGACGUCUCCGGCGUCAUCAUGUGGAGCUAUGCCCCUCGAGGCCAGCUCGCGGCGGCACCCAGCCUGUGUACCCCCACCGCCAGGCGCGUGCCGUCCUCCGUGCACCAGGAGGGCGGCAGGACCCCCGAUUCGCGGUGGAGUCAGCAGGAGGACUUGCUGCGGCCCGAUUGGGCCAAGGACAAUGCGUCGGAGAUGCCUUCCCUGGUCCUCAUCAAGGACUUUCAGAUCGGCGACCUCGUCGAGGUAAAGCCCGGCGCGAGCUACAGGGCGGAGGGCACGGUGCUAUCCAGCGGCCGGUGA